AUGGGAGCAGCUUUCAGAGGAGGCUCUGCACUGUUUGCAAACACAAGUUCCCUGGGUAUGGAGAGUCUGGCUGGAAACGGUGCAGGGGGCUGGGACAUGAACGCCUCUGCAGGCUCCAGCACAGCGAUUACCUCGGGAGCUGGGGACGUUGAGUUUCUGGACACCGCCACCAUGAUGCACAUUUUACCCUCGGUCUAUGGGAUCCUGUGUAUCGUCGGGGUCGGGGCGAACUGCCUGGUGAUCUACACGCUGCUCGCCUGCAAAACCAAAGGGGUGUCAGACAUCUACGUGCUCAGCUUGGCCACAGCAGAUUUGCUGUUUCUCCUGGGAAUGCCUUUCACCAUCCACCAGCUGGUCAGGGACAGGGACUGGGUGUUCGGGCAGUUUAUAUGCAAGGUGGUAACUGUGCUGGAUGUCACCAACCAAUUCACCACAGUGGGCAUUGUCACUGUGCUGUGUGUAGACAGGUAUAUCGCAAUUGUCCACCCCAGCACAGAGAAAAGGACCAUCUGUCGCGCAGUGCUUGUGAAUGCUCUCGUUUGGCUUGGCAGCUUGUUACUGACAAUCCCAGUCAUGCUAUAUUCCAGGACUAUCCAGAUAGGAGGCUCAGAAAUAUGUGUCCUGGACCUACCUUCAGGAGCAAAGGACAUGUACUGGUAUACACUGUAUCAGUCCAUACUGGGAUUUAUCAUUCCUCUGAUUAUUAUAAUCACUUUCUACUCAAUGACUCUCUUUCACGUCUUUAAAUCACUCCGAAGAGUGGGUAGGAAACAAUCAGUGCAGGCAAAAAGGGCAACCAAAACUGUUCUCAUGGUGAUAGCUGUCUUUCUGGUUUGUUGGCUGCCUUUUCAUGUGAUGCAGGUGCUUAACCUAAUCUCCGUGAACCCGACCUUGCUCUUUCUUUACGUCUAUCACAUUAGUAUUUGUCUGAGCUAUGCCCACAGCUGCAUCAACCCUCUCCUGCUCCUGUUCUUCACAAAGAAUUUCCAAGAGCGUUUGUGUGGCACGAUGACAAAGAGCAGGUCCACCUCACAUGUCAAGUUGACCACCACCAGAAGGGCUGGAACUUGCGAAAGCCUGGAAAUUGAGUGUAAAAGCUCAAUGUAA